AUGGCUACCACUGUGAACAAACUUGCGCCCCACGACCAUGAGUACUUACCGCAGGUUGACCUGCGUGAGAUGUUUGAAAAGCAGCCCCUACCCAUCAUCGCUCCGGGGACAGUAGACUCUGCGUCCAUGGUUGGUGAUGAGGCUACCGAGAAGGCUCUUGCUGUGGUCGACGCCUUGAAUGCAGCUCUAGUAGCCGAAGAUGCCAAGUCUCUGGAAAGCCUGUUCUUCCCUGGGGUGGUAUACUGGAAGGACACGUUGGCUUUGACAUACCAUUUGCGUACUUUCAGCGGAGCUGCUGUAGUUGCUGCAAGCAUUUUGGAGACCAGAAAACUCAGGGGAAUUGAGCGUGGCAUCCAACUCGAAGGGCCAGCGCAGUUCGUUCCAGCCAGUCCAGUAUUGCAAUUCAUCGACUGCAGCAUAUCAUUCAAGACAUGUUCGCCAGCGGCAUCCUGCAGUGGAAGGGUCCUAUUCUUGCCCGUGAAGAAGGACAACGGCUCACUAGAUUGGAAGGUUUGGAUCCUGAGCACCCGACUGGAAGGCCUAGAUCUGCAGCCAGAGGAUGAGACGCUGCUCAAGGUUCCAGGAAAGCAGCUAGAAGGUGUUGAAUGUUUUGAGACUGACGUCUUUAUCAUCGGAGGCGGAAACGCCGCUGUUACCCUUUCAGCCCGGCUCAAGGCUUUGGGUGUUGAAAGCGUCAUGGCCGAGAAAAACGCUCGACCGGGCGACAACUGGGCCAACCGAUAUGAUUGCUUGAAGUUCCACGUCCCCACCACACUCUGUCAAAUGCCUUUUAUGGACUAUGGCAAAGAGCUUACUGGCAAGCACAUGCUCACGCGUAAUGAUCUCGCCAGCCAAGUUCGGAAGUAUGUGGAGGCCUUCAAACUCAACAUAAUCACAUCGGCAAAGAUCAAAUCGACCGUCUACGACGGGUCAACUGAGAAAUGGAUUGUCAAGUUCCAGACUCCGGAUGGCCAGCGGACUACCAUUGCCAAGCACGUUGUCCAAGCUACUGGAAUUGCGUCCCACAAGCCAUACAUUCCCCCAAUGGCUGAUUCCCAGUCGUACAAGGGCGUGAACAUUCACUCUGAGUUUUUCGAAAGCGGGAAUGAGCUGAAAGCCAGGGGCGUCCAGUCGGUGAUCAUUGUGGGCUCCGCCAACACAGCCUUUGAUGUUCUCGAAGACUGCCACGCUGCUGGUCUCCAAGCCACUAUGGUUGUCCGGUCGCCCACUUACAUUAUUCCCCUCGAAUAUGUGUGUCACCCGCGCAGUCUCGGAUUGUACGACUUUGAUGUGGCGAUGGCGGACCGUAUGAUCCUCACUCUGCCGAACUUUGUAGACGGGCAACUAUCGCGUGAGCUGUUCCGCAUGUUCGCUUCUGAAGAGCCAGACCGGUACAAGCCCCUCGCGGCGGCGGGUUUUCCGGUCAUGGACAGCACACACCCCAGGUCGGCGUUGAUGCACAACCUGAUUGAGCGAGCGGGUGGGCACUAUGUGGAUGUGGGCGGCACCGACUUGAUCGUUCAGGGCAAGGUCGGUCUGAAGGCACUUAUUGAGCCAGUUGGAUUUACAGAGACUGGCCUCCGGUUCUCGGACGGCAGCGUAGUCGACGCGGAUGCCGUAGUGUGGUGCACCGGCUUCGCAGACAGAGAUGUCCGGGAGGUGACGGCAGAGAUUCUCGGGGGAGAGGAGGCUGAGGCCGAGGUCAAGGGUGAGAACAUGCUCGGCCCCAAGGAUAUUGCUGCCAGGCUGGAGGGUACCUGGGGUCUCGACGCUGAGGGCGAGGUGCGCGGUCUGUGGAAGAGGCCCCUAGGACUGGAAAAUUACUGGGUCAUGGGCGGAUAUACACAGCAGCACAGGUGGUACUCGCCCAUUCUUGCCCUUCAGAUCAAGGCUGAGCUUGAGGGAGUGUUGCCGCCAGCGUACCGCAAGACUCCUACUUCUGUUGCCACGGGGAGCGGGCAGGCGCAAGGAGUCAAGGGUGUGACUGUGGUCCACAAGAUGAGCGAGCUAGUGGAAACCGUCAAUUAG